AUGGUCGACAAAAUGAGUUCGUACUCGAAUAGCACCACGGGUAGACGACGGUUAAUCACAAAAACGGAUGCUGAAGAGAAAGCGUUGGACAAGAUUUCUCGUGAAGCUGAAGCAAGGAUGCGAGUGAAACGCGAAACUCGCGAACAAGCCCGACAACAUCGAUACAGUCUUCUUGAGAAACGUGUCGAGGUAAGGACUGCUUUUGUGAUGCUUCAGGGCAUUCCUUGUCAAGUCGUACUAGUCGUGUUUCAGGAAGAAGCUGAGGUCUAUCGACAAGACGCGGCGGACAAGGUUGUUGAGUUAGAGGAUCGCUUUCAACAGGCGAUGUUCCUGUAUUCCCAGUUGGAUAACGAAAAGUCGGCGUUGUUAUACGAAGUUGAUUUACUGAAGGACGAUAUCGAAGAAAAAGAAGUUCUUCUCCAACAAUCAAAUCGAGAGUGUCGUGACUUGACAAGUGAGGUAAAGCUGUUGAAAAGGACGAUCGAGGCUAUGACAGCCACUCAAAACUACUUAAAAGCAGAAAUUGCGCAGCGAGAUCAUUUGAUUCAUGUGAGUUUAAGUGCUCAAUUCCUCAGUCUGUAG